UCUAAAACAGUUAUAUAUAUAAUGUAUAUAAUAUAUAUACAAAUAUAUAUCAAUAUGUAGGGUCCACAAGCCCAUUCAACAUAAGUUUCUUUCUUAGUCAAUCGUCGUUCAAACCCAGAAACCCAAUUUUAAUAUACAUCAAUCUGUUGCACCACAGCCUUCAGCUUGAUUUUUUGUUAUAUCGUCUGUUUGGAUAGUGGAAUAAAUCGGUUUUUGAGGUUCAACUUUUGGAGGAGAGACGGACAGACCAUCAUGGACUCUCAGGUCUUGGUUGCUCUUGCUCUCUCUGCUGUGGGUGGCUUGAGUACAUCUUUAGGUGCACUUUUUGUAAUUCUUAGUGAGGCUCCAAAUCUGAAGAUGCUUGGGCUUUUACAGGGUUUUGCUGCAGGUCUCAUGUUGAGCAUAUCUUUCUUUGAUUUGGCUCAUAAUUCUAUCAACUCAAUUGGCUUUUUAAAAGGAAACCUCUGGUUCUUUGCAGGUGUCAUUUUCUUUGCCAUUGUUGUCAAUUUCAUCCCAGAACCAUCAUUUGCUCCCAUUUCAGAUUCCAAAAGUAAAAAGAAAAAUGGGGAUGAAGGGGGUAAGGACGACUUAAAAAAGCAUCGCCGCCAAGUUUUGUUUAGUGGAAUCAUCACUGCAGUAGGCAUAAGCUUGCACAAUUUUCCAGAGGGAAUGGCUGUCUUCCUUGGAUCAAUUAAGGGUCUUCGGGUUGGUUUGAACUUGGCACUGGCUAUUGCUUUGCACAACAUCCCGGAGGGUGUUGCUGUUGCACUUCCUGUCUAUUUUGCAACACAAAGCAAAUGGCAGGCGUUUAAACUGGCAACACUUUCUGGCUUUGCUGAACCUCUGGGUGUUAUAAUUGUAGCCUAUCUGUUUCCAAGCAGCUUAAGUCCAGAAAUUCUCGAGGGCCUGCUGGGAUCAGUUGGUGGGGUGAUGGCUUUUCUAACAUUGCAUGAAAUGCUGCCAUUGGCAUUUGAUUAUGCGGGCCAGAAGCAAGCCGUCAAGGCCGUGUUCUUUGGAAUGGCUUUCAUGUCUGCAAGCCUAUAUUUUCUUGAGAUCAGUUUACCUGAGGAUAUGAGCUUGUAGCUGCAGAUUCAACAAAUGGCAUUGCACAAUGUUGUACAUUCCAGAGUCUCACAUGCUGCCUUCAUUUGUUACUGGGCCACAACUCCGUAUAAUGUCAACUUCUGUUAAACACUAGUUGAUCACAUGCUGACCGCCAAGAAAGGUUACGAUGAAACUGUUUGUAUCAAUAAACAAAUAUAUUCUCAUCUGGUGAACCACUUUCACGUCAACACUAACCCCUCACCCGACCCUGAAAAAGAAUGUAUGAAUCUUGUAUUCUUCAGAAACCUUCUGGUUAUUUGUUAAGAACCAUUGUUUUCAUGUAUUUAUCAAAGCCAUGAUGGUAAAGUAUUUAAACCAAGUUCGUGAACCCUCACUCUUUGUUUGUUUUUUUUUUUAUUUUUUUAUUUUUUAUUUUUAAUACUAAUUAAAUUCCGUUACUUA